CCAAGAAUCGAUCUUGUUUGCUACAUUAUAAUCGAUAAAUUAUUGCCUAUGCAAUUACAUCGAUUUCAAUUACUUUUACAAGAACGUAUUUUACCAUCAUGGCGCAAUGACUUCAAAAUUGAAUGGAACAAACUUAUUUCACACAACAUAAAAAACUCGCAGAAGUAUUUAACUAAUCAUAAAAAUUGG